AUGCAUAAAACUGCCGAAAUAAAAAAUAAAAAUGUUCUGGCGAUAAACCAACGCAAUUCAUGUGCUAAGCACAAUCGAGAGUGCUCAUACACGCCACUGAAGUCACGAGGUAGGAAGAAAAAGAGACCUCGCCUUGAUUUGGACCCCCUUGAUGAAGCACAAGAUCCGGGAUUGAGAGAUGGUCGAACAGCUUCGCCUACAGUGAUACGUCCAGAAACUCAUCGUCCACUGGCGAUUGACAACAACGGACCACUUGCAGUCAAGAGACGUCGAGAGCUACGUUCGUCUGGUAUUGAAGUAUGCCAGACUGGUUCGGGAGCAUUCAAUACUAUGGACCGGCAUCCAAUAUGGCCUUAUUUCAAAGCAUUCACCAGUGUAUUUAUUGCACCAAAAAUUCAAGCAAUGACCGAUUAA